GCUGUAAUUCAUAAAACCACCAAGAAGAGGCCCGGAGGAGGUUGCGACGAGCAGAAGUGGAGAAUCCAGACAUGCCCAGAGGCCUCAGCUGCUUGGCGUCGCCCGAGGGGGCAGACGGCAGGUAUGAGACCCCUCCAGCCUCAGAGCUCCAGAGGCUGAUGUGGACAAAGGCGGGGAGCAGUAACCAUCUGGAUGAAGUUCAGCCCAGGAUCUACAUUGGAGACAUGUAUGCAGCCAAAGACAAGCGGACGCUCCAGGCUCACCUCAUCACGCAUGUGCUCAACGCCGCUGACGGCAAGUUCAACGUCAACACGGGGCCCGCCUUCUACCGGGACACCAAAAUCACUUAUCACGGCGUGGAAGCGUUCGACAUGCCAUCCUUUAACUUGAGUCCCUUCUUUUACUCGGCGGCCAAUUUCAUCAAGACGGCUCUGAGCUCGCCCACAGGUAAAGUGUUUGUGCACUGCGCGAUGGGCCUCAGCCGCUCGUCCACCCUGGUUCUGGCCUACCUGAUGAUCCACGAGAACAUGACCCUGCCGGCGGCCAUCAAAGCCGUCAGCGCCAACAGGAACAUUUCGCCAAACAACGGCUUCCUGGAGCAGCUCAGAGAGCUGGACAAGAAGCUGCAUUACCAAGGACCGUCGUCCAGCCGGGGCGUCAACGGACGGACCUGAAAAUAAAAUCCAUCAGCACAGAUGUUUUCAUUUCAGUGCGACUUUGAGUCACUUCCUAAAGCGAGCAAGGCCAAUAUGUGACUUAUUUCUUGGCCCGAAGCGAUGACUGCCGCUGGACAGAGCCAGCUCACUUCACUGUACUCCCAGUGUUUAGGCAGAGCUAAUUGCCCCCCAGCUGCAGUUAAAACACAAAUAUUAACUUUAAAUGAAGUGUUUUUCCAUAAACUACU